AUGCCCGCUUGCUGUCUUUUCAACGACCUGGGGAACAACAGGCUGACCGGCACCAUUCCUGAGGCCAUCACCAACCUCGCACUCCUCUCCUACUUGGCUGCCUGCCGGCCUCUGUACCUCCUUCCGUGCACAGGGGUGUGCAUAGGGGUGUGCGCAGGGGUGUGCGCAAGGGUGUGGGCAGGGGUGUGCACAGGGGUGUGCACAGGGAUGUGCGCAGGGGUGUGCGCAGGGGUGUGCACAGGGGUGUGUACAGGGGUGUGCGCAGGGGUGUGCACAGGGGUGUGCACAGGGGUGUGCACAGGGGUGUGCGCAGGGGUGUGCACAGGGGUGUGCACAGGGGUGUGCACAGGGGUGUGCGCAGGGGUGUGCACAGGGGUGUGCAUAGGGAUGUGCACAGGGGGUGCCAUGAUGUGUGUGAGUGCCAUGAUGCGUGUGAGUGCCAUGACGUGUGUGAGUGCCAUGACGCGUGUGAGUGCCAUGACGUGUGUGAGUGCCAUGACGUGUGUGAGUGCCAUGACGCGUGUGAGUGCCAUGACGCGUGUGAGUGCCAUGACGUGUGUGAGUGCCAUGACGUGUGUGAGUGCCAUGACGCGUGUGAGUGCCAUGACAUGUGUGAGUGCCAUGACACUUGUGAGUGCCAUGACGCGUGUGAGUGCCAUGACGCGUGUGAGUGCCAUGAUGCGUGUGAGUGCCAUGACGCGUGUGAGUGCCAUGACGUGUGUGAGUGCCAUGACGUGUGUGAGUGCCAUGAUGUGUGUGAGUGCCAUGCUUACUUGUUCUCCGUUUCAGAUUGAGCCCCUUCAUGCCUUUGAGCUUCAGCUUGCAGCUCCAUCCGUGCACCUCCCAUUCUCUGCUCACCUCCCAUUCUCUGCUCACCUCCCAUUCUCCGCUCACCUCCCAUUCUCCGCUCACCUCCCAUUCUCCGCUCACCUCCCAUUCUCCGCUCACCUCCCAUUAUCCGCUCACCUCCCAUUCUCCGCUCACCUCCCAUUCUCCGCUCACCUCCCAUUCUCCCCUCACCUCCUAUUUUCCUCUCACCUCAUUUCCUCUCACCUCCCAUUUUCCUCUCACCUCCCAUUUUCCUCUCACUAG